ACUGAAAAGCGCCGCUGCCGAGUCCUCCGGAGUUGGUAAACGUUUGGUUGCACAAUGUACUGGAAUCAUGACUGCAGUGAUUAAGGACGAGCCUACUCUUUAGGACAGACGAGAUGAGCAGCUUCUGUUUGAAACCGAACCAUCCGAACGAACGCUUGGAUCUUAACCCGAAUGGAGACCCGGGGGGAGACUUUCCAGAAGUUGAUCGCAAAGAAAAUAUAUUUUUAGAGCCACAUAUGAAGUUGAUAAAAACUCCACUGGAGCAACCGUCUUCCUCCUCACAUUCAGUAUUGGGAGGCGUUAGGCCAGACAUAGGAACUAUGACUACACCAACAAAACUUCAGGAAGUCCCUAUCGGGGAACCGUGGACCCCUACAGCCAAUCUGAAAAUGUUGAUCAGUGCUGCUAGUCCAGAGAUUAGGAACAGGGAAAAAAAGAAGGAAUUGUUCAACCACGAUGAGAAUAUUCCAGAAACAAAUGAGAAUUUCCAGGACCAUUUAUCCGGAGAAGAAUUUGAAAAGCUUCAUCCAAGUCGUAAAGAGAAGAGCCUAGGUUUGCUGUGCUAUAGAUUCCUAGCACGGUAUCCGAAUUACCCUAACCCUGCAGUGAACAAUGACAUCUGUUUAGAUGAAGUAGCAGGCAAACUUAAUGUUGAACGAAGACGUAUUUAUGAUAUUGUCAAUGUUCUGGAAAGUUUACAUAUGGUGAGUCGACUGGCCAAGAACCGGUACACAUGGCAUGGGCGCCACAAUCUCGCUCACACAUUAGGGACACUGAAGAAUGUUGGAGAAAAUCAAAAGUAUGCAGAGCAAAUGCGGCAAUUCAAAAAGAAAGAAUUUGAAAAUGGGUUUGAAAUAGAUAUUGAAAACCAUGUUAAACAGCCGCUGCGGACGCAAAAUGCAGUCAGGAAUUGUGAGGUGAAGCACAAAGAAAUGUGCUUCGUGGAACUCCCUGGGGUGGAGUUUAGAGCAGCUUCAGUGAAUGGGCGGAAAGACAAGUCUUUGAGAGUGAUGAGUCAGAAAUUUGUCAUGCUCUUCUUGGUAUCCAACCCCCGAGUGGUUAACCUUGACAUAGCAGCUAAAAUCCUGAUCGGUGAAGACCAGAAGGUAGAUUUGGAUCACAACAAGUUUAAGACUAAGAUAAGACGACUGUACGAUAUAGCUAACGUACUCACCAGUCUUGAACUUAUAAAGAAGGUGCAUGUGGCAGAGGAGAGGGGAAGGAAGCCAGCAUUUAAAUGGAUAGGACCAGAGGUGUUUCCAGAUAUCAAUGAUGUGAAGUCUAUUGCGUCAACUACCUCAGCCACGGUAAGAAGCCCAUCACCCAAGAUUUCGAGAGAGUUUGCCAAGAAUCUUUUUCCUACCUCAAGCACCAAACAAGGCUUUACCCGACAUGCAUCUUUAAACUACUUAUUACAGAACGUAGAGAACGACCAGAGGAAGAUCAGUUCUGCGCCGACCAGUCCAACUGGAAAAUCUUACAGUAAUUUUGCCAAGCCUGAAUUAUAUCCAAGUAAAAUGGCCCAGCUUGCUGCAAUCUGUAAACUUCAGUUAGAAGCACAAUCUAAAACAAGUGAAUGUGAACCCAAAAGCCCAACUCCACAAUCAUCUUCCUCAGAAACAAAGUCAAAACUGGACAAAGCUUGCGGGCCUGUAGAGCCAACAUUACAUUCAAGAGUUAAUUCAACAAUAUUCUCUCAGGCUAAAUCAAUGGUGCAUCCUGUCGGGGUCUUUCCUGUAAUGCAAGGACAUUAUUCUUCUAUUUUACCGGUGAUGUUACCUCAAAACCACUCUGGAUCUUACACAAUAUAUUUCCAACCUACGCAGCCAGGAAGCCUGACUGCACAUCCCUCUGGAUUUACAGUGCAAUCCAUAACUUUUGCUGCUGAUCAACCAAUUGAAAGGCCUGGUGAUUUGAAGCCAAAGAACCACACAAGUAGACAGACUGAAAAUGAUGUUAAUUUGUCUCAAAUGGAUAAUCAAGAACCUGUUCAAGAACAAAAUGGCCAAGCAAAUAAAGAUAGAACUACCCCCAAAAAAUGCCUUAAACGAUCCUCCUUCUGGGAGCCCACUGACCUGGCAUAUCCCAAAAUACUGAAGAGUGAAAAGGAUAUCUCUCCAAGCCAGCAAAUCAUGGAUGCUAAUACAAUACGGGGACCAUCACCAAAUGAGGCUGAGCUUCUUGAGAUUCAUCAGGCUAGGUUGAGGAGCCGCAGGGGCUUAAUAAUUAACCGGCCUUCCCCAAGAGCCUUGCAUCUCGACCCAGAGUUCGUCAAUACUCCAGAAGAUAAAAAUCUUAACUGCGAAACACUAGAGCACAGUGUUGAAUGUUUUCUCGAGAAUGAAGACAAGUGUGGAAUUGUACUGUCAGAAGCAAAGGGAGCAAAAGCCACCACGUUAAAGGCUGUGCCAGUUGCGAUUGCAUUUCCUACCCAUCUGUCCUCUGCAUCUGAGCCUGCCCUGCCAUCUGGAUACCUCAUUCCAUUGCCACAACAAGCAGCUUUCAAUAGUUCUAGCACAAGGUUUCCCGAGAAGGAAAAGGAUUGCAUUUGUUCAACAUUACCUCAGCUUCACUGUUCACCCAUAUCAGGUGUUGUUCCAGUGACUACUUCAGAUUCCUGUCCAGUUAGUUUCUCUCCCACCCAUGUCACCCCUCUACAAUUACAUUGCCCAAUAGCUGUUCCGACAUCUGUUGCCUCUCUUCCUGUCAUAAGUCAAACCAAUGGACCAUCCUUCACUUCAGGUCAUCAUUUUGCUGGUCCCAGCCCCAGCCCUGGGAUUCUGAAUUUCACGCUGCAGAAUCUUGGCUUGAUCAAUCCUGCAGUGCACUUCUCACUAACACCUGGGCCUGUAAUGGCUGGUGCCUCCCGAGAGCAAGCGAGUCCCAUACAUCUACAGCACGGAAAGAUGGUUCUAGUUAAACCGGUGUCUCCUCACCACCAGCUGCCUGGAAAACCUGUAACAUUCAUCAGUAUACAACAGUCCAGUUUUCCGGUUUCACCAGAAGGUGCUCAGUCCAUCAACAGGGAGAGCUUUUUCCGCACUCCAGGAGGUCCAUUAUCAGUUUCCACCCAGUCAUCAUUGACCACUGUUGUCUCCAACAUGAGUGGUAAAAUUCCUCAGGGAACUGCACACUUUCCUCAAAGGAAGCUUGAAGUCUGCACUGAAGAUCCUUAGUGACUGGAAUAGCUACUAAAGUGAUCCACAAGUUUUUUUUUAAAAAUUGUAUUACUUGGUUAUUGACAAUUUUGGCGUACAUUCCACAAUUGCAACAUGCAUUCUGCUUUAAUUGUAUAGUCUUUAUAUAUUAUCUAGCAGCACACAUUGCCCAAAGGGAUUGUUUUAAAGAGAAGUUUACAUUGGACCAAUGUGACUGUUCAGAUAGCCAUAGAUGUGACCAAACUGUGACCUUCUGUUUUUGCAGAAAAAUCCAAUGCAAAGAGAGUGUGUUUAUAUAUAUAUGUGUGUGUGCGUGAGUAUGUGAUAUAGAUGUAAAGUAGUAUGUUUGAACAUUAAAAAUAUUUUUACUUAUAAUAUAAGAAAUUGACUGAAAAAAGCCAUCUUGUCUAAAGCUGGUUAGCAUGACAGUAUCUGUAUUUAAAAGUGCCGUAAAAGAAUUUUGAAUGCUGUCUGUUCAUGGAAUUUACUGCUGGUCAAAGGUUCAGCAGAUCUGCUCCAGACCCUUUCAUGGGGGAAUGAACUCGGCAGAAAUGCAGUGACAGAGCAUCAUUGUCACUGGCGAGGCAAAUCACAGAAAGACUGUUCGCGUGCAAAAAUGUGUAGAUAGAUUCACACAAAGGUGCUGCAUUGGAGGAAGAACAAUGUACUGUAGCUUGUAAUAUAUUGUGCUGUAUUUAUGCAUUGUAUUAAAGCAUUAAUUUUAAGUGAAACUACAUUGCAAACGGAUCUUACAUAUACAAUGUUGGAUCUGCAACACUUCUCAAAGCGGUAGAUGUUUAGAAGAAAUUUGACCUCUUGAUAAUUUUCUGGGCUUUGUUGGAAUUUAAAAUAUCUUAAAAAUGUGUAAAUCUUAAAUUGUAUAAAUCCAAGUCGCUGACAAAUUCUUUGUGUUAGCCAAAUCAAGUUUCUGUCUAAUUUAUUUAUACUGUUCUGUACUUUUUAGCUAGUUCAGAAUAAAUCUGUACAGUUUUUAAUUUCUA